AUGUCUAAAGGGGAUUCCAUCUGGGAUCUUGCUAUAGAAGUGGUUCAGCAGCAGGAGAAGGAUGGGAAAGAUGGUCAGCAGGAGAACCGACCGGCAGAGGAAAGCUCAGUUUUGUUGAUGGGCAGCAAAACCUCGGCCAAAGAUGUGGUGAAUAUCUGGGAGCUUGGAGGUGGGACCUUUCUGUCCAGACUGGUAGACACUGCCAUCAAUGUUAACAGUGUCAGGACAAGAAGUAUGUGUCAGGGGCAAAAACGCCAACAGCAGCUAAUUGUGUAUCUGGUACUUGUGUUUACUUUUGUCUGUGUGUUGAUAUUCUACAGGGAUUCCAUCUGGGAUCUUGCUAUAGAAGUGGUUCAGCAGCAGGAGAAGGAUGGGAAAGAUGGUCAGCAGGAGAACCGACCGGCAGAGGAAAGCUCAGUUUUGUUGAUGGGCAGCAAAACCUCGGGUAAAACUUCCAUUAUCCUGAGAUUCUUGGACAGAGAUGAGGCUGCAAAGCCAACAACUGCUCUAGAGUUCACCUUUGGCAGGAGAGCCAGAAACAACCUGGCCAAAGAUGUGGUGAAUAUCUGGGAGCUUGGAGGUGGGACCUUUCUGUCCAGACUGGUAGACACUGCCAUCAAUGUUAACAGUGUCAGACAGUUGGGCAUCAUGCUGGUGCUGGACCUGUCCAGACCUGAGGACCUGUGGGUUACCAUGGAGACGCUGCUGAAACAGGCGCGUGCAGCAGCGGACAGGUCCAUCUCUGAGCUGGACAAGCUGCAGCCUGGAGUGAAACAGGCGCUCAGGAAGAAGGCCUGGGAGAAGUAUGAUGAACAUCCUGAUAAAGACAUGGUGGACCCCUUCCCCAUUCCUCUGGUCAUUGUUGGUGGAAAGUAUGAUGUUUUCCAGGUAAGAGCAUACACAUGUUGUUUUGAUAAACCAAUCACACAUCACCCCCACCUUAUCCAUUAUCCAAAUCUCUGCCAGUUUUUCAGCCUGAGGAUGAAGCAGUUGAUUGACAGGGGGAGGGUGAUGUUUAACCACCUGUCCUUCGGCGCAGCACCUCCACAACUCAAGGCCAUGCAGCUGGAGCACAACAAACCUAUCUACAUCCCUGCCGCUGCAGACGGCUUCCAACAGAUAGGUCCACCUCCCCUGCCAGAGGGCAAUGUUGGUACAAUGAGUGCCAGAAAUCCAGUGGAGCUGUGGAAACAGGCUUUCACAGGCCACUUCCCCCAGGUGUCGGCUGUCCCCACAGUGCAGGAUGACCCUGCAAAGGACCCUCAGUUCGCAGAGUCAAGCAUCGAUGCCAUGAGGCAACAGAAGGAUGAGGAGCUGGAGAGAUACAGAAAAAAUGCAGAGAGAAAAGCAAGAGAAAUUGCCAGGAUGAGAGAUGGCUUGAAGAUGUAGAUACAGAGAGCUUUGGUGUAUCAUAAAUCACUUGUCAGGACUUUCUUGUGUUUGAAUAUAGGGUAUUUCUGAUAUGUAUAUAUUUCUGUGGUUAUGAAAAGAAUAAAGAAUUAGACUAUUUGCACAUCAUACAAUUAUUUUAUUGGCACAUUUGUACAUUACAUACAUGUACUGGCUGUAUAGUCUGCAGCUUUUGAAAACAUUAAAAUAUAUUUGGAAUGUCACAAAUGUCACUAAGACACAAAUGUUGUUCCCUCCCUUUCCUAUCAUCAUAAUCUUCAUAACUGCAUAGCAGUUAAGUCUGAUGACCACAUGAUUUCCAGUCUAUACUGUGCACUGUACAUAGUACACAAAAGUACAUUAUAAUAAUUUCAUAUGAUGACCAUUGAUUCCUGACCAGGAUGUCAAUAGAAAAGGAAUUAAAGACAAAUUGAGUGUG